AUGGCUCACAAGCUCAGUUGGGCACAGGAUUCACAGGAUCCACCGGCGUCUUCCCAGAGCAGAGGCCGCAAUCGCAAGCAAUCAAUCGAACACAUCGAGGCCAGCCCAGACCCGAAGCGGCAACGGACAUCCCCUCCAUGCCCUACCGAAGACGCAUUUGGUGAGCCAGCAAUUGCGUUCUGGGUGAAGGAGGGACACUGGCCAGAGGACUGGCCAGAAGAGACCUCAAAGACAAAUUUUACCAUGGAUCUCCCACUUGCGCGAAAGAAAUCCUCCUCCAAUCUGUCUCUGAAGCGAUCGAACUCCGCUACAUCCAUGACGCCUAGCGACCAGAAGCCGAGGGAGGAAAAGAGCGCGCCAUACCGUGACCAGCGUUAUGAGACCCUGCUCGAGGUCAAAGGCAGCUACAUGACUAAAGCUCCGUUAGGUUUAGCCAGCGCCAGCAAGGCUCUUUGUCGGUCUCUCCUGGAGAAAACGCAGCCAGUUCCCGGCGAUACACUCUUCCGCAACGAUAUUUUUAAAACGAUAUGCGAGAAUAUACAUAAUAAAAAUGAGGCGCGAGUUAUUUUAGACAUCCACCGGCUUAUUGUUCCUUCAGCUGAAAUUCUUGCAGCAUUCGGUGCAAAACACCUUAACAUCCUAACAGAGAGCGUUAACGAAGGGUGGAAUAACUCGAUCCCUUUCACUAGCACCCGUCCACAGCCUGAUUAUUCCGUUGGGUUUAAACGAAAUGCAUUUACUAAAGACCAGCUCGCUAAGCUAUUGCCAUUCAUUAGCAAUUUCAUCGCCGGAGAUCAGUCUUUCUUCAUGGCUACAUACUUAACAACUGGGGAAGACAUCAGCUACUACCGGCAUCUCAUACGUGAUUUUAGCUUUAUCGAGCUUGACGGAAAGGACAAACGGACGGCAUAUCAGUUUACAACGAACCUCUACGACAUAUGGGUGCCUAAACAUUUCGAGAACAUCUGUUCUGCCAUCGAUCAGUUGCCGUCAAAUUUGGACUUUGAUGUCCCACCAUUUUCUGAGGCGACCGGGCUUUCCCAGGAUUUCAGCCAGUCGAGUACCGCCGAGCAGCAAGCGGCCAUUCCAGACACUUCAUUUAGUGGGGCAAAGAGGAGGAAAGGCCAGCAGUUGGCGGGCUGA